AUGGACGCGCACUGGGAAAACAACACUGCGUCCAACCCCGAUCUACACCGGCCGGUCAACCAAAUCGGCAAUCCAGCAGCCACAGAUGACAUUAUGUUUCCCCCGAGAACAAAUCGCGCACCUAUUGGUCCCGUGAAUAUGAUGCCUGAAGCCCGUCAAACCAGACCGAACCCGCCCGGGGCAGCGGAGCUCGCCGGGCCCGAGGGUGGUGCGACUCUUCGGGUCUAG